CUUUGGCAUUUAAAGACUUGGUCCUCCCUUAGAAAUUUUUUAAGCUUUCACCACCGUAAACUGCGCAUUCUAGCAAUUGAUCUACUACUGCUAUCAUCAUUCGUUAUGCCGUUGCCUUCAGAGCCACUUGUUCUACGCGGCGGUUGCAACUGCACUGCUGUACGUUGGCGUAUGUCGCUCCCGGAAGCCAGCAAGCGGGUUGCGAAUCCGUAUCAUACGCCAGGGACGGAUAUUGGGGAUGUACGCCUUCCCACGGCAGUUCUCUGCCAUUGCGACGGCUGCCGGGCAGCUAUGGGCUCUCUCGGUGCUUAUGGGUUCACCUCGGAUAUGGCACUGCUCGAGUUGUCUAUUCUUCCAAGGACCUCAGUUCCCGAAAAGGAGAAAGGCAAAGACGAUGACACACGACCGCCAUAUGUCCCAGCCACCAGCUUGAUGGAUGAUCCCGCCGUGAUCAGCAGCAGUGAUUUAUGGUUGACGCACUAUGAGUCCUCACCGAAGCGCGAUCGCUUGUUCUGUGGACGAUGUGGCUCACAAAUUGCUGUUGCAGCCUCAAAAGAUGCCAUUCCACCAGAGUGGGGUUGGCCUCGGGUAGUGAACAUCUGGGCGGGUACGUUGGAUCGCGACAUGCUCGAAAACGAUUGGUGUCGACCUGACCAUAUCAUGGAUUGCUCGAUAGCCAUCCCUUGGAUUCGGGACCAUGUCAAGAAUGGUGCUAGGGAUGCUCAGGAGCACCCUUUCAUUAUGAUUGAUUGGCACAUGACGGAUGAUUUUCGGCCUCAUAUCGAGAUGCUAAAGCAGAUGGGAGUGACUCUGGAUGUUACAAUGUGGAAGUAAGAAUUAGAUCGAUUUGAAGGUGGAUUGGCGGAUGUCACUAGGUUUUGAGUUCCCAAUCAAGCAGAACUUCGAAAAACCACGAUCGGUAGCUACCCAAAU